UGUCGUCGGAUUUCUGCCUCUCCUUCCCUCUCUCCCAGCCACGACACCUUUCGCUCCAUCAUCCCUCUUCACCUCUUCCCCACGCGCCACCUCACCGUUGGGAUGCACCUGAUCUGAAUCCGAAUCGACUCCUUCCGACAUCCUUCGCGAUCCGCUCGCGAUUUGACCCGGUCAACUUUCUCUCACUCACACCCUACUCAGAGAUUACCGGCUGCCGGUCUAGCAACACAUCAUGGUCGGAAAGAAGUCUGGAAAGGCUCUCCUUCGGGAUGAAGGCCUGGAGCGGACCGAUAACAAUAUGGAACUCUCCAGCUGGCCGCAGAUUCCUCCUAUCAAUCAGAAGAACUACUACACAGACUAUCUGAAGCGCGAUGACCAGUAUCUGGCGUUCAGACUACAGAAUGAGGAGAAUCGAAAUCGUAUGGCAAAAACGGCCAAGGACCGCGAUCGUGCCCUAGCCAUGGCAAAGGCCAACGACCUAGGGCUGCCAGAAGCAGAUGCGGAAGAUGGCGAUACCAACAUGGAAGAUGCGGAGGACACUGCUACGGAAACAGUAGGCUCAAAGGUUAUUGUUAUCCACGUGGGUAGUCAAAACCUGCGAAUUGGAUUGGCCAGUGAUGCUUUGCCUAAGACUGUGCCAAUGGUGAUUGCGCGGAAGGCUGCUUCCAGCGAGUCCGAAGACCAAGAGGAACCUUGUCCCAAGCGGCUGAAACUGGACGAUGGUUCAACCAUGGACCCGGAGAAGAUGUUUGGCCCUGAGUUUGCUUCCCAGUAUACGACGAUGUCAGCGGAGCUCAAAACCCACAUGCGACAGAACAAGCGUCGAACACUGCCAAACUCCAAGGAAAUGGUCGUCAACUUCAACCGGAGGACCGUGCCAGAGACUAUUUCAGAACACAACGAUCCCAUGCGCGUGGAAUGGACCGAGAUCCCUGACCCGGCACCCGAAUACAUCGUGGGACAAGCGGCCCUGAGGAUACCCGAUGAUUCGAAGCCUCGCUAUAAGCUUUACUGGCCAAUAAGGCAUGGCUGGUGCAAUGAGCGAGAUUAUGAUAAUAAGCGGCUUCUCUUCCUUGACAUCUCCCUCAUCUUGGAGGAUGCUUUCAAGACCCAACUGGGACUCACCAGCAAGAAGGAUUGGCCUCAGUACUCUUGCGUCUUCGUUAUCCCUGAUAUCUACGAAAAAUCUUAUGUCACCCAAGUACUCGAGUUGCUCAUGAGAGAGUUCGCCUUUGCACGAGUUUGCUUCAUCCAGGAAAGUCUAGCAGCUACGUUCGGCGCCGGAUUCACCUCGGCUUGCGUCGUCGACAUUGGCGCCCAGAAGACAUCCAUAUGCUGCGUCGAGGAAGGCAUGUGCGUUGAGAACUCUCGCGUGAACCUAAAGUUUGGCGGGUUGGAUAUCACUGAAGUGUUCAUAAAAAUGAUGCUUUACGACAACUUCCCUUACUCAGAUAUCAACCUCUGGCGCCGAUACGACUACCUGUUGGCAGAAGAGCUGAAAAGGAACGUUUGCACCAUGAAUGAAGCGAGUGUGUCGGUACAAGUUUUCGAUUUCCAUCUCCGCGUUGCUGGUCAGGAUACCCGGAAGUACUCUUUCAAGGCUUACGACGAGGUUCAUCUGGCGCCGAUGGGCUACUUCCAGCCGACCAUUUUCGAUCACUCGCAGAAGCUCAAGGGACGCAGAAAGCUGAUUGCCCGCUCGGUGGAUAUCUACGACGGACAGCCUAAUGACCCGACAUCGGCCGCCCAAUCACUUAUUCUUUCCAGCAUCGCUCCCCCUCCCACUAACGGCCAGUUGAACGGUGAUGCGCAGUCGAACAACGUGGACGUUCAGGCUACCCCCAGCCGGGCUCAGCAGUUCAAUGCCCUUAGUCGCGUGCAAGAGCUUGAAGCAACUCCACAAUCUUCAGUCGCUGGCUCCCCUGCGCCGGAAGCAGUCGGUACACCUCAGGCCGGCGCUGCUACCCCUGCCCCGAGCGGGCAAGGCCAGAGCACGUCGCAGCCCCGUGGGCCGACUGUUGAAGAGAGGGACGACAUUCUCCCCGUAUACCCUCUGGACAAUGCGAUCUUGACCUCUAUCGCUCAGGCAGCUCGAUCGGAUGAGCGUAAAAUGCGAGACUUCCUCGGCGGUAUCAUGGUGGUUGGAGGUGGAAGCUUGGUCAAUGGAUUCCACUCGUUCCUAGAGGAGCGUCUACAGGCUUUGCGACCAGCUUUCGCUAAGGAGAUCAUGAUUGGCACACCGCCGCGAGACCUUGAUCCGCAAGUUGUUGUCUGGAAGGGAGCGAGUGUCUUCGGCAAGUUAAGCGGAACGAAUGAUAGCUGGAUCGGCCAGCUGGAAUACGACCGACUGGGGCAUAGGCUCAUGGCAUACAAGUGCAUGUGGGCUUACUGAUCUUCUGCCUUUCCCAGAGGGCUAUGGCUAUUCCUGAUCUGAAAGGUGGU